AUGUCUGCAGACACAAGGGUGCAGACUCUGUUAGAUGAACGCACAACUUUCUAUCGCACAAUCACACAGGAGAAAUACCUCGAAGCGGCGGCCCAGCGCCUUUCUGCCUUCGAUACAGAACUUGAUGGGAUCGACAACAGCCUAGCUCUCCUGCGCAGGCAGCGGAAUUUACUCGUACCAGCACUACGCUUGCCUGUCGAACUGGUCUCCCACAUAUUCCUCCUUUUGACCGAGCUUUGGCCUCAUUACUAUCCCGACCCCGCGGACCACGAUGCUUACGCCUCCGGUGCGCUUCCUCCUCGUCUAGGAUGGAUACGGGCUGCUAUGCAUGUCUGCCACGACUGGCGGCAGGUGGCCUUAUUGGAUGCGCGUCUAUGGACCGCCGCUACGACCGGUCUUGGAAAGGAUUGGUUGGACCGGAUGCUGCAACUCAACAGCGGUCGACCGACCGUACUCGACGUGUGGAGCGAUUGGGAAGGCGGUCACCGGACAUGGAUACCGGACACCACCUCGGGCAUUCUCGAUGAUUUGGCUGAGCUCCAGAUAUUGGGACCCGUAGUAGAUCUCAAGCUCCUUCGUGAACUGUCGUCGGCGCCACCAGCUCUUCGUGUACUUCGCGUGCACUCGUACCCUAAAGACGACACGUACCCGACUUUACCUUGGCCGUUGUUCAUAGAUGACACAACUGGUAAUCUCGAGGAGCUUUACAUCAACAACACAUCAUUUUGGAAGACAGCCCUGAACCAGCCCAUCCUACAAAAUCUCCGCCGUCUCGCGUUAACGACGUCACAACCCGUACCGGAUCCCGAUACUUGGGCUGAUCUUUCAGCCCUCACAGGGGCUUUGAACCGCCUACCCGCUUUGGAGGUUCUCAUCAUUAAGCGCCACUACUUCUGGGUCGAGGAAGGCGAUACAGUUGUCAAUAAGCUGACGCCUAUCAUCCUUCCUCGUCUCGCGACUGUCGACCUCUUCUCCACAUGGGACACCAUCUUCCUCCUCUUGCGACGUCUGCGUCCUUCACCAGACGUGCGCUAUAAUCUCGCGAGCGACUUCCCGAAUGAUUCGCAUCCUGAACCCAACGUCGCCGGCCACAUACGCUCAUUGCUGGACGUCCAUCUGAAGGCACAUCCAGAGUCGUCACCUCUUUCAAAGAUGCAGACCAUUGAAUGGAAAGCCCAUACACCUUCUCGAUGGCAAAGCCGAAUUGCUGGUACGACCGCCACUGCCGGGCCUGCAGACCCCGUCUUCCAGAGGACGCUCACCCUUUCUGCGUGGCGAGCGAACAGCCCCGACUAUCUCAUGAGCGAUUACGCCGGAUAUCAACCAGCGCCCACUCCCGACUUCCGGUUCUCCUUCCGAUGCGAAAACAACUGGGAUCCGCCUUAUGAACCAGAGAACGCUAUCAAAUUGGGCGUCUUCCCAUCGGCUCGCUGCGUCUCGUUUCAGCCAGCUGCACAACUUAUGUUCGACAUAUAUAACCAAUGGGAGGAUUUCUUUCAGAGCUCGCCUUUGUUGACGUGGUUGCGCGCCGAUCGCAUGGCCGUCGCGUCUUUGCUUGCUAGUGGCCAUGAUCGAUGGAUGAAUAUCCCCGGGACCGUGAAGACUCUGGCGCUGCUUUGUGCGCGUUGGGGCCAGGAGGAGGGUAUCGACGGUCCACUGGCUCGGCUCUGGACCGAAGCUCGAUCCCAAGAACGUUCACUCGAGCGUGUCAUAGUUGGUCGCACCCCAUUCGAUGGACACGGGUUUCAUUCAUGUGUCUACGAAACGGGUGUCAAUCUCACUCCUGUGAGUCGGCCAGAGUCAAUGGAGGCCGAUGAUGACGAAUAUAUGGACUGGUGA